AUGUGUGUUCCAGGACUUGAUCUCCAGGUUUGCAUAUCCAAAAAUCCCACGUGUUGUACCAAGAAGAUGGAAGAACGGUAUCAAAUUGCAGCUCGUCAAGAUAUGCAGCAAGUGCUUCAAACAUCCAGCUCUACACUGAAGUUUCUAAUAUCUCGAAAUGCAGCUGCUUUUCAAGAAACGCUUGAAACUCUCAUCAAACAAGCAGAAAAUUACACAAGCAUACUUUUUUGCAACACCUAUAGGAACAUAGCCUUGGAAGCUGCUGCUUCAGUUCAGGAGUUCUUCACUGAUGUUGGACUCUUUUUAUUUGGUGCAGAUGUUAACCCUGAAGAAUUUGUAAACAAAUUCUUUGAUAGUCUUUUUCCUCUGGUUUACAAUCAUUUGAUUAACCCUAGUGUGACUGGCAGUUCCAUGGAAUAUUCAGAAUGCAUCCGCAUGGCUCGUCGGGAUGUUAAUCCAUUUGGUAAUAUUCCCAAAAGAGUAAUGGGGCAGAUGGGGAGGUCACUGCUGCCUAGCCGCACAUUUCUGCAGGCACUCAAUCUAGGCAUUGAAGUCAUCAAUACUACAGACCAUCUACAGUUCUCCAAAGAGUGUAGCAGAGCCCUCCUGAGGAUGCAGUACUGCCCUCACUGCCAGGGCCUGACUCUCAGUAAGCCUUGUAUGGGGUACUGCCUCAACAUCAUGAGAGGCUGCUUGGCAAACAUGGCAGAGCUUAAUGCACACUGGCAUGCGUACAUCCGGUCAUUGGAAGAGCUAUCAGAUGCUAUGCAUGGAACAUAUGACAUUGAACAUGUGCUCCUGAACUUCCACUUGCUUGUUAAUGAUGCUGUGAUGCAGGCUCACCUCAAUGGACAAAAAUUAUCUGAACAAGUUAAUAAGAUAUGUGGCCAGCAAGUCAAAACACCAACACAAAGUCCCCGUUGUGCUUUUGAUUGGAGAAAAGAGAAGCAUGGAAUGAAGAUAUCUAUAAGAAGUGGUGAAGAGACACUUGCCAACAGAAGAAAAGAAUUUAUCAACAGCCUUCGACUGUUCAGGACGUUUUAUGGAGGCCUGGCAGAUCAACUUUGUACGAAUGAAAUAGCUGCUGCUGAUGGACUACCUUGCUGGAAUGGAGAGGAUAUAGUAAAAAGUUGGAAACAAAGAAUCAUUGGUAAUGGGUUGAAGGCAGAGGAUGGCCACCCCUCUGUUCACCAAGAGGGUAUGGGCCCAAUAGUUAACAAGAUCAUUGACAAAGUUAAGCAUUUUUUUCAGUUGUUACAGGGGAGGUCAACACCCAAACCUGACAAGUGGGAACUUCUCCAGAUGGGCAGUGGUGGUGGCAUGGUUGAACAAGUCAGCGGGGAUUGUGAUGAUGAAGACGGCUGUGGGGGAUCAGGAAGUGGAGAAGCCAAGAGGACACUAAAAAUCACAGACUGUAAGUUUGUGAUUCUAAUACUAUUUUUAAAGAGUUGA